AUGGCAUCGUGGUUGUUGGCAAGGUCUAGGGUCUUCUUCUCAACUCAUCAACCCAAAAACCUCCCCUUCUUGUCACCACCAUUUCUUAACCACACCUCUUCUUCUUCCUCCGUUCCAUCGCGCAAAAUCUCACCCACUCUUUUCUGCUUCUCGCGUCACGAAUCAACCAAAGCCGAUGCACAAUUGGAAUUGGAGCAUGAUGUCGCCGAGGAUGACACCAAUCAGGCCAUUGAUUUUCCUGGAGGGAAAGUUGGAUUUACUUCUGAAAUGAGAUUCAUUUCCGAGUCUGCUCAGAAAAGGGUGCCCUGUUAUCGUGUUCUUGAUGACAAUGGUGAGCUCGUUAAAUAUAGCAACUAUGUACAGGUUAGCAAGGAAAUGGGUGUGAAGAUGUAUUCUGACAUGGUCACUCUUCAAACUAUGGACAGCAUAUUCUAUGAAGUGCAGAGGCAAGGUAGAAUUUCCUUCUACCUCACCCAAAUGGGGGAAGAAGCAGUUAACAUUGCAUCCGCAGCUGCACUUGCUCCUGAUGAUAUCGUAUUGCCUCAAUACAGAGAACCUGGAGUUCUGUUGUGGCGUGGUUUUACACUGCAACAAUUUGUCCACCAGUGCUUUGGAAACACUCAUGAUUUUGGGAAAGGAAGGCAGAUGCCUAUACAUUAUGGAUCAAACAAGCACAAUUACUUCACAGUGUCAUCCCCCAUUGCAACACAACUUCCGCAAGCUGUGGGGGCUGCUUAUUCCCUUAAAAUGGAUGGCAAAAGUGCAUGUGCAGUCACUUUUUGUGGGGAUGGUGGCACCAGUGAGGGAGAUUUUCAUGCUGCUAUGAAUUUUGCAGCAGUGAUGGAGGCCCCUGUUGUUUUUAUCUGUCGUAACAAUGGAUGGGCCAUCAGUACACCCGUAGAAGAACAAUUUCGAAGUGAUGGCAUUGUAGUCAAAGGUAAAGCUUAUGGCAUCUGGGGUAUCAGAGUAGAUGGAAAUGAUGCUCUUGCAGUUUAUAGUGCAGUUCACACUGCUAGAGAAAUCGCUAUAAGAGAAAAAAGGCCUGUUUUAAUUGAGGCUCUCACUUAUAGAGUAGGACAUCACUCUACAUCUGAUGAUUCAACCAAGUACCGGGCAAUCGAUGAGAUCGAAUAUUGGAAGAUGACAAGGAAUCCUGUGAGUAGAUUCAAGAGAUGGGUGGAAAGGAAUGGUUGGUGGAGUGACAAGGAUGAAUUGGAGCUUAGAAGCAGUAUUAGGAAGCAGCUAAUGCAUGCGAUUCAGGUGGCAGAGAAAGCACAAAAACCUCCACUUGAGGACUUGUUUAGUGAUGUCUAUGACAUAUUGCCAUCAAACCUUCAGGAGCAAGAGAAACUACUUAGGAAAACCAUCGAGAAGCAUCCCAAAGACUACCCUUCUGAUGUUCCUUUGUAG